GAGUAGGAAACUUCCAGUGCUUCACGUGAAGUAUUUCCCUACACCCUGAUUGAAGAUGCCUCGCGGUGACGGCAGACGUUCACGACAAUCGAAUCCUCCCUCGGAAUCAGAUGUCCCUGAAGAUAGGAACCGCAGUGAGCUCGACCCUCUAACAUCAUCGCCCGGCCGAGAUCUACCCCCAUUCGAGGACGAGAACGAGUUAAUUGGGGGCGAUGGAAACGACAAUGUUGUGGACGAAGAGGAGGAUGAAGGAGAAGAUCUCUUUGGUGAUAACAUGGCUGAUGAUUAUCGCCAUAUCCCUGAAUUGGACCGCUACGAUCAGAGGGGUAUCGAUGAGAACUCCGAGUUCAGCGCGAUGUCCGAGGGGGACCGACGGGCGGCUGAGGAAGAAAUGCGCAGGAGAGAUCGAGAAGAAGGCCGGGUGCCCGGUGGAAUGCGACGAGGACUCGAAAUGUUCGGCGAGGAAAGCAGUGAACUCGAUGAUCGCCCCACUCGCCGUAGGAGACUCGCUGAACGAGCUGCCGCCGGGGAAGAAGACGAUGGGAUGGAUGACAUGGUCGAAUCCAUUGAGAACCUCGAAGACAUGAAAGGACAUUCCAUAAAAGAUUGGGUCACCCAAUUGGGUCCUAAGACUGAGAUCUUCAAUCGCUUCAAAAAUUUCCUACGCACCCACAUCGACGACAAGGGCCACAAUACUUACAAAGAGAAAAUUCGCGCCAUGUGCGAGCAGAACAAAAUGAGCUUAGAAGUGACCUACAACAAUCUCGCUCAGUCAGAACAAAUUCUCGCCUACUUUCUGCCUGAAGCGCCUGCCGAGGUUUUGCCGAUCUUUGACGAAGCAGCGAAAGAUAUCGUCAUCGGAAUGUUUCCUCAUUACGAGAGGAUCCACCACGAGAUUCGAGUGAGAAUCACCGAGCUACCGAUCCUCGAAGAGAUCCGAACCCUCAGAAAGAUCCAUAUCGACCAGCUCAUCCGUACGUCGGGCGUAGUGACUUCGACCACAGGUGUCCUCCCCCAGCUGCGCAUGGUCAAAUACGAUUGUGCCAAAUGUAAAUACGUGCUCGGUCCGUUUGUCCAGUCACAGGACAACGAGGUGAGACCCACUUCGUGCCCCGAGUGUCAGAGCACGGGACCCUUCAUCCUGAACGUGUCUCAAACAAUCUUCCAAGACUACCAGAGAAUCACUAUCCAGGAAGCUCCGGGGAAAGUUUCCGCCGGAAGACUGCCUCGAUCCAAAGACGCUAUCUUGCUCAAUGACCUGUGCGAUUCCUGCAAACCCGGCGACGAGAUCGAAAUCACCGGAAUAUACAGCAACAAAUUCGAAGGAUCUCUGAACAAAGCGAACGGUUUUCCCGUUUUCGCCACGGUCAUAAUCGCUAAUCAUAUUCUGAGGAAAGACGAAAAGGCUGCUGGCAAGUAUCUCACGGACGAGGACGUCAAGGAAGUGGUGAAACUUUCAAAAGAAGAUAACUUAGCCGAAAGAAUUAUGGCCUCUAUCGGUCCCUCAAUCUACGGCCACGAUGACAUCAAGAGAGCGAUCGCUUUGUCCCUCUUCGGAGGUGUGUCGAAGAAUCCCGGCGACAAACAUAGGAUCAGAGGCGACAUCAACGUUCUGCUGUGCGGAGAUCCCGGUACUGCCAAGUCUCAGUUCUUGAAGUACGUUCAACAGAUAGCUCCCCGAGCCAUAUAUGCCACCGGUCAGGGCGCUACGGCCGUCGGUCUGACAGCUUACGUCAAGAAGAGUCUGGUCACGCGCGACUGGACACUGGAAGCUGGUGCGCUCGUGCUCGCAGACAAAGGAGUAUGUCUCAUAGACGAGUUCGACAAAAUGAACGAUGCCGAUCGGACUUCCAUCCAUGAAGCUAUGGAACAGCAAACGAUUUCGAUUGCGAAGGCCGGAAUAGUCACAUCUCUGCGUGCUCGGUGCACAAUCAUCGCCGCAGCUAAUCCGAUAGGAGGCCGAUACGACCCAUCGAUGACAUUCCACCAGAACGUGAACCUCUCCGAUCCGAUCCUGUCUCGAUUCGAUGUUCUCUGUGUCGUCCGGGACACCGUCGAUCCAAUCGAGGACGAGCGUCUCGCCAGAUUCGUGGUCGAUUCCCAUGCUAGACACCAUCCUCUAGCGUCGGCUGAUGAGAAGAAAAUCAAACCUGUAUCUCGGACGUACGAGCCCAUCGAGCAGGAGCUCCUUCAAAAAUACAUUCUCUACGCCAAGGACAAGAUCGAACCCAAGCUCCAUCAAAUGGACCAGGAUAAAAUAUCCCAGCUCUACUCGGACCUCAGGCGAGAGUCCAUGGUGACCGGUUCCAUGCCGAUCACGAUCCGUCACUUGGAAUCCAUCAUUCGACUCGCGGAAUCGCACGCUCGAAUGCAUCUGCGAGAACACGUGAACGAUGACGAUGUCAAUAUGGCGAUUCGAGUCAUGCUGGACAGUUUCGUCUCAACUCAAAAGUUCUCGGUUAUGAGACAAAUGUCCAAGACCUUCUCGUCGUACUUGACCUACAAAAAGGAUAAUAACGAGCUUCUCUUGUUCAUCCUCAAGCAGCUGAUCCAAGAAGAAUUGAGUUUCCAACGCAGCCGGCUGGAAAUCGAACCAGAACAAGUGUCGGUCAGUGUGGACUAUCUGAAGCGCGAGGCGGCUCGAAUCAACAUCACGAACUUGGCUCCGUUCUUCAAGAGUGAUCUUUUCUCAUCUCAUAAUUUCCGAUUCGAUAAGAAACACAAUACAGUGACGCUCGUUUUUUGAAGACAUUAAAAAGUGACGCGGAACCAUCUC